CGAUUUCGCAGUUCUAUCAAGAACCGCUCAUCUUUGGCCGUAGCUUCACAACAAUUUCCAGCGGAUUGAGGUUCGAUUUAGUUUCCAGAAAAUUAUUGAACAGCAAAGAACAAACAAUGCCCAUCGAUACGGGGGAGAUAAUAAAGGCUCUGGCUAUUUUGGCUGAUCGUCGCAACAUUCAAGUGACAUUCAAAGAGACCGCAAAGGGAGCGGCCCUCUGUGCAGCUGGUGCAUUGAUUGGCGGACUCUUGAUGGGGUCCCGUGGCCUAGCUGUUGGUGGGGCUAUUGGUAGUCUCGCAGCCUACGGAUUGACCGAAGGAAAGUUCAAGUCUUUACGCGAAAUUAUCAUGGACGAUUUGACGGAAAGCCAGCGCAUAGAACUGGAGCAGCAUGUGAUCAAUGCUGUUGCCAAUGUAGGCUACGAGGAUGUCCUGAGUAUUGGCGCCCUAAUCAUGAGUAAUAGACGUGUACAAGAUAUUGCAAUGAACGUGCUCAAAUCGUUCGCCAGCGAGCAACUGGGAUUGAGCAUCGUUAACUGAUUAUCUCUGCACCCGUAGCCAUGCGGUGCAAACAAAUAAAAGCCUUUAUCUUUUUGUAAACCUGA